AAACAAAUUAUUUCAUUAAAAAGUGAAAUAAGUCUCAUAAAAUAGUUGUAAUAUAAUUUCUUAAAAUGCGUGAUAAUACUCCACCGCGACCUGCUGACAUUGAAGAUGAUUUUGAGGAGGUCUAUGAUGAUAAUGACGGACCACCACCCGAAGACGAUGACGAUUUGGAAAUGGAAGAAAUAACUUUAGAAGAACUGGAGUCUCGCUUAGAAUCUGUUUACGAUGUUUCCGACGAUGAAGAUCGGAAAUCUCCCGUACAAGACAACUCCAUUUUCACAUUUCAACAACACACCGCACCAGUAUUUGCUUGUGCUUUAAACCCCCAAAACAGUUUAUGCGCCACUGGGGGAGAAGAUGAUAAAGUAUAUGUGUGGAACAGAAAUAACGGCGAAGUUAUACAUGAAAUUACCGAGCACAAAGACACGAUCACGGAAGUACACUUUAAUCAUGAUGGCACAUACUUAGCAACUGGAGAUUUGGCUGGCGAGAUUCUGUUGCAUAAACUGCAAGAAUCUAGUAGCGGUGGUAAUGCUGAGAAAGAAGAUACCGUUGGUUUAACAAUGCGCAAAGUGUGGGAAUACUCAAUGGGAGAUAUGUCUUGGAUGCGUUGGCAUAAAGGUGCCAAUGUUUUAAUAGCUGGCAGUGAAGAUGGUGAAAUAUAUGUAUUCCGCUUGCCGGCAGGCGAUUGUAAAAUUUUACCUGGACAGGGGGUACGUUGCGAGUCCGGAGAAAUUACCGGUGAUGGCAAGAAGUUGUUUGCAUCCUACAACAAUGGUACAUAUAAGUUGUGGGACAUAAAAACGGCAGCUGUUUUAAUGGAAGUAGACGAACAACAUCCAAUGGUUCAUCAAGAGGGAUCGACUACAGUGGCAUGCGACAAGGAAUCUCCAUUGUACAUGUCUGGUGAUGAAAAUGGUAAAAUAAUCUUUAGUACACCCAAUGGUCCAGUUGGUAUGGUUGAGGCAAAUGGUGCCGUCGAAUGUUUAGCAUUUUCUCCUUCGGCCGAUUUUAGAAUGGCAGCCAGUGGUACAUUGCACGGACAAGUUGCUAUAUGGGAUCAUUCCAAAUUGAGUUUACGUACCGAAUGUGAACGGGCCUAUGAUGGCAUUACAAAAAUUCAAUGGAUUAGCGAUUUUACUGUUCUAGUUUCAACAUUGCAGGGCAAUGUUAUUGCUUAUGAUGCUCGUACUGGUCAACGAAAAUUUACCUUAACGGGGCAUUUGGCGGAAGUGUAUUCAUUUUCUUUUGAUCCCAAGGAAAGUUUAUUACUAACGGUAUCCGAAGACAAUUCAGCAAAAAUAUUUAAAGUUCCCGAGUUAAAUGAUUAACUAAAGAGAGAGCGAGAUAUCGUGAGAGACACAAUUGAAAUUGAUGUAGUCAUUGUCGCGUCGGUUAAGUUUAAGCUUUUAAGUGUUUAUUAUUAUUUCUAUUAUUCUUUUGUAUUUCAUUAGCCAACUACAUACGUGUGUAAAUAGUUAAAUUUCUAUCCUACCUCCAAAUAUAAA